AUGCCUAAACAUUAUAGAAAUGCCAAUUUUCAUCUAUUUUUUUUCGUACGAAAUCAAUUUUGGCCGUUAGUUAUACCGUCAAUAGCUAUUAUAUUUUUAACAUUUUGUCCGCAAAUAUCUCAAUCAAUUGAAAAUAAGAUUAAGGAUUAUAAUAAAAAAAAUGAAAAUCCUGAUAGGACAGUUGCUAAACGUGGUCCUCGUGAAAUUCAACUAACAACAACAUUAUCACCAUCAACACUUUCAGUACCUGCAGCACCAUCAACUUCAAAUUUCGAUGAAUCCAUGUAA